UACUACUUCCGUCCCAAAAUAAGUGCAGUCGUGGAUAUCUGUGUCUAAUGUUUGACUGUCUGUCUUAUUUAAAAAAAUUAUGAAAAAAUUAAUAAAAUUAGUCACAAAAAGUAUUAUUCAUGUUUUAUCAUCUAAUAACAAUAAAAAUACUAAUCAUAAAUUUUUUUAAUAAGACGAAUGGUCAAACGUUGGACAUGAAAGUGCAAAACUGCUGAUCGCACCCAAAGCUGCUAGCUAGUAGUACCUCCACUUACCAGAAACCGGGUUAGCCCUGACGGCUAAAAACCGUCAAGAAUAAACGAAUGGAAGGGGAUGCUUGAUCCUGUAGCCCCAUCUCAAGUGACGUGCAAUAUACUGUACAUAAAUGUGUACAUGAACUUGAAUUGUUGUAUUAUAGUCUAUAUACCACUAUAUACAUUGAUAAGACAAGAACAAAGGGUUUUGGAACUUUGUUCUUCAUCGAGGGAAUUAAUAGCAUUAAUACAAAAAUCGUACAUUGUUUUGUUUGACAGAUUAACAGUAUAAUGCAAUGUUAUAUUUAAUUCAUGUUUUUCUUGACUCCGUAAAGAUAGUCAAUAAAGUUGUGCAUGCAUGGCUUUCUUGUCAAUAAAUGUGAUUCUUGCACAUUGUGCAUACCAGUCACACAUUUUCCAUUUUGUUGAUGUUGUUAGGCCCAAUGUUAUUUGGUAUGAAAAUGAUGCCAUACUGCCACACACAAACGAAUGCGAGAUGACAACCAACGUUAAACAAAAAAAAACAGAACCUAUCUGCUGAUCAAAGACAAACCCUGCAAGCCAGUAACGGUAAUGCAUGCAGUAGUACUGCACUAAACAGCAGAAGUCCUAAAUAAUUAAUUCACCAUGGAAUAUUAAGCCCCCUGGCAACGUAGACUCUUCUCCUACCACUCAUUCUCCCAAAUAAGCUACCCACUCCGUCCAACGAUAUAAGCAUUUCUAGAUUGUUAAGUACUCCCUCCAUUCCAAAUUGAUAUACAUAUAGUUUUUUUGAGGUUAUUCCUAAAUGAUCUACAUAUUUGUGUUCAUUCAUUAGGUCUAUUCGUUAUUUGUGCAUUGGAGUAAAUGGACAUUGAUGCAUGCAUCCAUGCACACAAGUAUUUAUAACCCACAUGCAAUAUCUUGAUUUGUUAUUGGCUAGGAGAUAGUGGGGAUGGUGCAUGCAUCUAGCUUGUUGCUAGAGUAAAUAUAGUAUGAGAGAGUUAUUAGCUUUUCUUGGUCUUGGUGUACAUAUGAAAUAUGUAGAUCAAUUUGGAAUGGAGGGAGUAAAUGUGAAGGUUAAGGAGAAAAGACUUUAGUCUCUCUCGUUUAAUGAGAGAUUGAUGGUUGGGGAUGGAAGGGUGAUUGAGAGUAAGAAUUGGAGGUGAUUGGUGUAACAAGUACACAAGUGUAUGAAUGCUAUUAUUAAUUCUUGGAUAAAAUUCAAAUGCUUAUAUUGUUGGACGGACGGAGUACUAGCUAUAUAGCUAGUCACACCAGCAUUUGCUAAUUGGCUGCUCAUCUGCUGUACCCACAUUUCAUUUGGCCUUGAUCUUUCCAACCUCUCCUUGCACUCAGCUUGCAGCUUAGCUAGCUGCACACACUGUCCUCCCACAAGACACCCCACCAAACACCUUUUCUUCCUCCCUUUCUUGUGUGUGCCCCCACUCAGAUCAGCCAGCAGCUGGUAGUACCCUCUCUAGCUUAUUGCAGGGCCAUAUCCUCUGCUAGCUUAGCUUCUCUCACAAACCCCUUAAUUCCAUCUCAUAGACAGCCAAAAGGGUCAAGAGGAAAUUGGGUUUGUGCUCUCCCCAAAAUCCUCCAUAUAUAGUGCACAGGAGGCAUCAUUCUGUUCAUACAUAUCUCUCCCUUGCUUGCUUUGCUCCUGGAUAUAUAGCUAGCUUCUUUCUUUCUUCCUCUCUCCCUGUGUGGCACGCGCCUCCAAUCGAUCUCUUCGGUGAGUAGACGCAUCGAGAUCGGGGGGAAAUGUCGGUCCAGUUUACAUCGGAGCAUGUUUGCUAUGUCAACUGCAACUAUUGCAACACUAUCCUUGUGGUGAAUGUGCCAAACAAUUGUUCCUACAACAUUGUGACUGUUAGAUGUGGGCAUUGCACAAUGGUGCUCUCCAUGGAUCUUGCUCCUUUUCACCAAGCACGCACUGUUCAAGAUCACCAGGUACAGAACAGAGGAUUUCAAGGUAAUAACUUUGGAAGCUAUGACAUAGCUUCCAGAAAUCAGAGGACAUCGACAGCCAUGUACCCAAUGCCAACCAGUCAGCAGCAAGUGUCACCUAUACGUCCCCCUGAGAAAAGACAGCGUGUCCCAUCUGCAUACAACAGAUUCAUCAAGGAGGAGAUACAGAGGAUUAAAACCAGCAAUCCUGAGAUUAGCCACAGGGAGGCAUUCAGUGCUGCUGCAAAGAACUGGGCUCAUCUUCCCCGGCUCCAUUUUGGCCUCAGCGUCGCCGACGGCGGCGGCGGCGGCGGCAGCAACUAAUCGCGGCGGCGCGGCCUGCCGGCCGGCCACCGAUCGCCGGCGUGCACGCCGGCGCGCGGCGGCGGCCGGUCGAGAAUGCGCGCGCAGGAGGGACGACGACGAUAUAUUAUUAUCGCGUGUGCCCCUCUCUCUUCGCCGCGUAAUUAAUUAAUCAGUUAAUUAAUUACGUACGACCUACUGUGUUAUGCUAUCGAUCCGUGUUAAUUAAUUACCUACGUAUCUUGAUUAAUUAGUCUCGUAUUAUACGUACUAUUAUACGUACGUGCUGUGCUAUGUACGUAGACAACAAAAAAAAAUGUGCGUGAUGAGUUCUACUACGUACGUACGUACUGUGUUCUAGUGUUUUAAUUUGUAUCCGAACCAAGGAGUUGUUUAAUUAACUGCAUGCACAUGCACUGGACUUGAAUCUGGAGUAUUAUGUAAGUGUGCAUGCAUGCUGGAUUAUGCAAAAUAAACGAAUUAAUGAAUAGAACUGUUUUUGUUAAUUAAUUAA